CCGUAAGACGAACAUCGUUGGUACAUGUGGAAUGGUGGUGAAUGUCGCAAAAUUAUUAUUUUUUUCAACAACGAAAAAAGUUUAAUAUGCAUUCAAAAAGCAAAUAAUUUUUAAUGAAGAGUCAAAUGAAUUUGAUAGAAAUUGUGAUCUUAGACAAUGUCACGACUCAUAGUUAGAAAUCUUCCAAAAACACUAGAUACAGCAAAGUUAGCAGAAUUAUUUUCCUCAAAAGGCGAGAUAACGGAUGCAAGGAUUUGCCGAAAAAGCUCAGGAGAUUCUAGAAGAUUCGGAUUUGUUGGCUUUAAAGAUGAAACCUCUGCAUCUGAGGCACUUGCUUAUUUCAAUAAGAGUUAUAUCGGGACAAGCAAAAUCACUGUAGAGCUCGCAAAAGAUAUCGGGGAUCAAACUGUUCCUAGGCCGUGGAGCAAGUACUCAAGUCAAAGUUCUGCAUUUCAAAGAAAUUCGAAAGAGAGGAAAGAACGCAGAGAGCGAAUUCAGUUACUGCAAGAUAAACUUUCUGCAUCUGCUAAAGGAAAGAGCAGUGUCAAUAAAGAGGAUAGAAAUAAGAAUAUAAUCGACAGUGUUGAAAAGAAAGAUACAAGCGAUGAACUAGAAUUAAACGAAUUUAUCAAAGCUCAUGAGAAGCCAUCACAAAAGAAAAUUUGGAGCAACGAAACUGUAGAAUCAGAAAUUGACAAGACUGCUAAAGAAUCAAAAAGCAGUGUAGAUAAAAAUGAAAAAAAGAAAAGUUCAAGAAAGGCAGUGGCUUCAAAUGAACUCACUGAUAUAGAUCAAGUUGAAGAGGAUGCCAAUGAUAAGGAGGAACAAAACAAUAUUGAUGAAGAAAAUGUAAAUUUCAAGAAAGAUGAUAAAUCUGAUCUGGACUGGCUACAGUCAAAGAUCACAAAGAAGAGUUCAAGUGAAGAUGAAAGCCGCACAGAGGAAGAUGAAGAAGAUGAUGACGAUGAUGAUGAUGAUGAUGAUGAUGAUGACGACGAUGAUAAAGAUACUGCAUCUAGUUCUGAAUCUGAUGAUUCAGUUUCUGAAUCUGAAGAGGAAGGUGACAUUGAAAAAAUGAACUUGACAGUCAAAAUGCGUGGAAUCCCAUUUUCUUCUACUGAAAAGCAAAUUAUUGAGUUUUUCUUUCCUCUAAAAAUCCUUGAUAUUCGAAUGCCUUUGGAUGAAAAGGGAAGGAAAAAAGGAUAUGCCUAUGUUGACUUUGAAAACGAAGAAGAUAUAAAUAUGGCUAUGAAAAAGAAUAGCAAAAAAAUAAAGAAUCGAUAUGUGGAGUUGUUUAGGAUGAAAAUGGAAGAUGAACAAUCCAAACGUCCUAAUGCGCUUUGGAUGCAAAAGGCUAUAGCCCCAAAUGAGGAAGAAGAACCAAUUGCCGAAUCAGGGCGCUUGUUUUUGAGAAACCUGUCGUAUUCAUGCACCGAAGAUGACGUGAGGGCAUUGUUUGAGAAGUACGGUCCUAUUGCUGAGGUUCAUCUUCCAAUCGACAAGGCAACAAAACGAAUCACUGGUAUUGGUUUUGUUACUUUUGUAAUGCCAGAGCACGCUGUUGUUGCUUUCAAUGAAUUAGAUGGAAAGGUCUUUCAAGGUCGAUUACUCCAUGUUAUACCUGCACGAGGCAAGAGAGCCACUGAAAACCAAGCUACUGGUCAAGAGGGAACAUCAUACAAGAAGGAGAGAGCUGCAAAAAUGAAAAAUUUGAGUUCGAGUGGCCACAACUGGAACACGCUUUUUCUCGGUCAAAAUGCCAUUGUUGAUACACUAGCACAGCGGAUGAAUGUACAAAAGAGCAAAAUUUUGGAAGCAGAAAAUUCUGAUAGUUUAGCAGUGAGAAUGGCUUUAGGAGAAACACAGCUGGUCGCAGAAACACGCGAGUUUCUCACAUCACAUGGUGUUAAAAUAGAUUCAUUCGGACAGGUGAAUACCAAAAGAAGCAAUGAAGUUGUCCUCGUAAAAAACUUGCCACACGGCACAAAAGACGUAGAGUUGAGAAAUCUUUUCGGCAAAUUUGGGGAUCUAGAUAAAGUUCUGCUGCCUCCUUCUGGGAUAACAGCAAUCGUACAGUUUGUACAGCCAACCGAGGCUAGAGCUGCCUUCAGAAGUUUAGCCUAUUCCAAGCUCAAGCAUGUGCCUUUAUAUUUGGAAUGGGCGCCAGCUGAUGUGUUUUGUGAGCCUCAGUUACCUGUAAAAGAGAAAGAGGCUGCUGAGGAUGAGGAAAAUAAGAACGAAGAAAAUGAUGCUGAUGAUGGGACAACAGAAAAUUCUGGCCGAAUUAUAUUUGUAAAAAAUCUCAACUUUGACACAAAAGAAGAAGACAUUGAACAGCAUUUUCAAAAAUGUGGCAAAGUGAGGUCUGUCACAAUCGCUCGCAAGAAAGAUCCAAAGAAGCCACAAGGGUUGCUGUCCAUGGGAUAUGGGUUUGUCGAAUUCAAACAUAAAGCUCAUGCAGACGAGGCAGUCAAAACAUUGCAGCAUUCGAUGUUGGAUGGUCAUCAGCUUGAGCUCAAGAAAUCCCACAGGAAAGAGGAAGGGGCUGAGACGACCAGGAAGCGUGCGUUGGCUAAGAAGCAAACAACAAGCAAGAUACUAGUGAGAAACGUCCCAUUUGAGGCAUCGAAAAAGGAGCUCAAACAACUUUUUGGAACGUUCGGAGAAUUGAAAACAGUGAGAAUACCAAAGAAAGUUGCUGGCACAGGGAGUCACAGAGGAUUUGCAUUCAUUGAUUUUGUUUCAAAGCAAGAUGCAAAGCGAGCAUUUAAGAGUUUGUGCCAAAGUACACAUUUGUAUGGAAGGCGUCUUGUGUUGGAGUGGGCUGAAGAUGACGAAACUGUGGAUAGCAUUAGAAACAAAACUGCUCUUCAUUUCAGAGAAGAGCCCCUGAAGAAGAAAACAAAGAAACAAGACAUUUUUGAUGCGCUAGAUAACUCACACAAUGAGGAUGCUCUUUGAAUUUCAGCAAGAGCAUUACUGUACGUAAAUAUAAUUCUAUCUUCUGACUUGAACCUUCUGUUAAAAAUUAUGAAAUCAUAUAGAGAUAAUAACCAUCAAAUCGAGCCUCUUAAUAGUUCAUAGUCAUCAUGCAAUUUGAUAAAAUUGCAGCCCUGGUUUGUCGUUUGUGUAUGGAAAUAUUGGCCUAACUCUAAAUGCUGUGAUAAAAUAGUGAAUGUUUUAUUUCAUCAGUUGAUCUUGCUGGUACUUAAUGCAUUUAAAUAUCAUUUUUGUAUAGUUUUGGGCAUUUAGGUAAAGCUUUGACAGGAGGUUUGGACAAUAUGGUGUCACUAUUUCACUUAAAACUUAAGGUUUAUAUUGAUACCCAGUAUUGUUUGAUAAGUUAAUGUGUUGUUUUUGCAUCUAUGCUUGUCUCAGCCAUAUCAUUUGAUAAGAAAAAUGCAUCUCCAGACAGGUUUGAGACAAAAAAAAGUCAUAUAAUUAAAGUCAGCGUUUAUGGAGGAAGUACAGCAGAAGCUUUUGAAUUUGGGGUAUUGCAAUAAGGGUUUAGCGCACAUUAUAGAUCGUUUGCAAAUAAAAUUUCGUAGCAGUUAUGAAGUAUAGAUUGUUAUAUGGUCUUUCUUUGUUAAAAGAAUUGUCUGCUAAAAACCUGGGGAUGUUUCAAAUUUAUAUACUUCCGGGUAGCAAAAAAUUACUAUUGCUUGAUUAAUUAGUUUCUCAAAAACCACAUUAUUACCACGUUGGUCCUUGUCCUUGGAACACUCAAUGUAAGAUUUUGAUGAAAUAAAGGUUUCUGGCUGUAAGAUACAGAAAUAUCCCCCUUCCACCCCCAAAAAAUGUUGGUUGAAAAGCCUAUUACUUACCCUAGCUGAUAGAGUUACAUUGGAUUAAUUUGAAGCUUUGAAACUGUUGUUAUUCAACAUUGUUUCAAAGGGGGAGAUGGGGAUGCUACUGAACUUGCGAAACUUUAGUGUGCUAAGACUUUUGGCAAGCAUUGUAUAUAUCCCUGCCUGAUAGUGUAAUCUGCAAGCAGAAUCAUAGACAUGAGUCAAUUGCAAAUAAAAAUUGCUUUAAUUUCCCUCACACAGUCUUAAUUGCCAUUCAUUUAUAUCUUUUGUCAAUUUCAAAGCCGAUUGGAUUACCAUUUGUAUCUAUUAAGGACAAACAUUGUUAUAGUCGUUCAGGGGUUGGGUAUUUUCUCUGUCCCAUUGAAAAAUUGUCAUGUUCCCAGAGUUGAGUUGGCGUACUUUUCAGAAAAAAAAUUGAUUUGAAAUCUUUUAGCACAUUUUUGACGUUUCCACCGAAGUAGAAGAAUAUUAAAUGCAGAAAAAAAGAAUGUUAAACUCCAAUUAAUGAAGGAGUAAUCAUUCAUGACCUAUCACCCUUGAUUCUUAUUUAGAUUUUUAAUAACGAUUUUGGUGGCUAUUUGCAUGGCUAGGGGUAAGAAAAAUUGGCUCAGCAAAUUAUAAUGGCGAUGAUAUAUAUGUUGAUAUGGUAAAAUGCCAGUCUAAUUCUACUCCAGUUUUUUAUGUCAUAUAACUGAUGGAAUCAUAUUUUGAAAGGUUUUUAUGUCAUUCCUUUCGCAAAGUAUUCCCGUAAACAGCGGCAUCUGCACAAGAAAAGGAUAGGGAGGCAAACGUAGGCACUAACAAUUUAUGCAAUGUUCUCCUUCUAUUUUAUAGGGCCAUAUUUUGCUUUUGUGUUGAAGGUAUACCUGCAAGUAAAUAUUUUAGUAAUUGCUAAAAAUCCCCUUAUUCUGUUUUUGCAUAAAUAAUGCCUUAUUUGAAACAUACCUAUAGCAGUGGAAUUGUCAGACCUUCAACUUUGCAGGGGCAAAAUAAUCUUAGAAAAGGUUCAGAGAAAUGGCUGUGUGUU